UCUCUGUCUCUCUCUGUCUCUCUCUGUCUCUCUCUGUCUCUCUCUGUCUCUGUCUCUCUCUCUCUGUCUCUCUCUCUCUCCUCGUAUCUUGGCUUGGAACGUCGCGCAAAGCCUGGGAAGGUAGAGCAAGUAGAGUCGAAGUAACUGUGCGACGCGAAAAGAACGAAAGAAUGAAAGAGAAAAAACACCCCUCCCUCCUCCCAGCGAGCCGGGCAGCGCAGUGCAGUGGCCACUGGACAGUGGCUGCGAUCAACCUCGUACACAAACACUUGGGGAGAAGCGAAUUGCUAUUAUUGCACGCCAACCCCCCGCCGGGGCCCCGGUGCGGCCAAUCCCAAAUCCCAGGCUCCAGCGCGCCGGUUGUGAUUCGUCGCUCUCACGUCGUGUAGGUAUUUUCGUAUCGAGUCAGGCCCCAGGCCCCAGGGUGGCUGGUGCGAUUCCUGGGCGGGCGGAUUGGCCCUGGCUAACCUAACUAACUAGCUACAAACGUCGCCGUCUAGUUCGUAUUUGCUGUGACGGGAUGCUCAUUGUACUCACUCUGCUCUGAAGAUUCCAUGACCGAUGCCGACGCCUCCGCCGCCGCCGCGUGGAUUACUUGUGCAUUCCUGGUGCGUAGGUAGCACUCUCUUCGACUUUCCCUGCUCCGAGUCGUUGGUCGCUCCGUUGCACGGUACAGAGUAUGUACUGUACAACUCAUCAACACGGCCGUGCCAUUGGGGGACGAUGUGCAACCGAGGCUCAGAGCGCUGGUUGGAUGCUGCGAGCCUCGCAGGAAAACGCAUAGGGAACUCCGGACUGUCGUGCUGUGCUUUUCCCCGUGGCCCAUGGGCCCGUCGGACCAGUCGAGUCGAGUCGAGUCCAUCGCUGGGACACGGCGCCGGGGUAGAUCCACUGGAACGAUACCCAGCCCGGGGGACGUGCUACAUCGGGAGGUCGGCUUGGGAGUGCAGCAAUCGGCGUGAACACCGUGGGGACCGUGGGGACCCGAAGGGGAGGAUGCGGAGGACGAGGAGCAACAACGAGAGUAAUAAUAACGGCGAUAAUAACUGCAAUAACAACCACGGUAAUAACAACAAUAACAACGCGAGACGUGAGAACUAUACCUUGAUAUCCCGAGACGACAUUCCGCAGCCACAGCCCGCCGACUUACAGGUCACCAACUUCUCACUUACUCACCACUACAGAGUGCACGCUAGUCACCGUCUCCGUUGCGGACUAAUUCCAAGGAUUUGGGGGUGGCCACGGUUCUCACGUUACACGCCUUGCCAUUGCACAUCUCAGCCUUAACAGUCCUCAAG